AUGGAGCCUCUUUUACGACAAUGGACGGCUCAUAUAGCUUCAGGGCUGUAUGUGAGGCCUGUACGAUUAAAUAGCAUCCGCACAAGACUGCCGCCAUGCUUGGCCUCCAAGCGCCUUGUCUCCACCCCAGCUACAAACCCACCGGGGGCAAAUCCACUGGGUGGCAUCCAACUUCGCGAUUACCAGGAAGAAUCCAUACAAAGUGUGUUAGACCAUCUUGGACAGGGGCAUAACCGAUUAGGCUUGUCAUUAGCCACCGGGUCUGGUAAAACGAUCAUCUUCACCCAAUUAAUCGGCCACAUCCCACCACGAAAUGGCACGGGGGACCAAACAAUCAUCAUCGCCCAUCGCAAGGAGCUAGUCGAGCAGGCUGCGCACCACUGCCGACUCGCGUAUCCAGACAAGACGGUGGAAAUUGAGAUGGGUGCAACGAAGGCGUCUGGCGCGGCAGACAUAACGGUCGCGUCAAUAAAGAGUUUAGUCUCAAAGGAACGAAUCGAAAAGUUUGACCCUAGUCGAUUUAAACUCGUCUUGGUCGAUGAAGCACAUCAUAUCGUCGCUCCUCAGUACAGGGAGGCGCUCGCUUACUUUAAUUUACAAGAAGCAUCUGACAAUGCGCCGGCGCUUGUUGGGGUCUCUGCGACUUUCUUUAGAUAUGACGGGUUGAAGCUGGGGUCUGCCAUUGACCAUAUUGUCUAUCACAAGGGCUACAUUGAAAUGAUUGGGGAUAAAUGGUUGGCAGAUGCUGUGUUUACUACGGUCAAGACCAACGUCGAUCUCUCUCGGGUCUCUCAGGACUCUUCUGGUGAUUUCAUGACGAGGGCUUUGUCCCAGGCGGUCAAUGUUGCUACAGUCAAUGAUCUCACUGUCAGAUCGUGGCUCACAAAUGCGGGAGACCGGAAAUCAACCCUCGUUUUCUGUGUUGACACGGAACACGUGAGAUCACUGACCAACAACUUCCGAAAGCAUGGUAUCGACGCCCGUUAUAUCACUGCUACUACUGCCAGGCAGGUUAGAAAUCAAGAGCUAGAAGAUUUCAAGGAGGGAAAGUUCCCCGUUCUGCUCAAUUGCGGGCUCUUUACGGAAGGAACAGACAUUCCGAAUGUGGACUGCAUUGUCCUUGCACGGCCGACAAGAUCCAAGAGUCUCCUCGUCCAAAUGAUUGGGCGAGGGCUGCGGCUAUAUCCCGGAAAGGAGAACUGCCAUAUCAUUGACAUGGUGUCGACAUUAAACACUGGGAUCAUAUCUACUCCGACCUUGUUCGGGCUUGAUCCAUCGGAAGUCCUCGCGACAGAGAGUGCGGAAGAUAUCAAGGAAAGGAAAGAGAGCCAAGGACAAGGGCAGCUUCACCUAGCCAACGGACUUGCAGACCGUGCCCAGCCACUCCCCGGCGACAAGGUCGACGUGACAUUUACCACGUACGAUAGUAUAUUCGAUCUUCUUCGAGACGAAAAAUCGGAUCGCCACAUUCGAUCCCUCAGCCAGUUCGCGUGGGUGCGGAUUGAUACCGACUUGUAUGCGCUAGCGGAGAAAUCCGGGUGGAUUACGAUUGAAAAGACCAAUGACCAGUUUGGGCCGCCCUUUGUGAUCAAGAGCGUGCAUCGAUACGGGAUGAAUUCAACGGAUCGGAUGCUCCUCACCAAACCCCGGGUGGUGAGCCGAGUGGCCGACUUUGAGCAGGCGGUCCGGGCGGCAGAUACGUUUGCAGUCCAACACAUGAGUUUGAUUGCCAUCAGGACAGCAGAGAGAUGGCGCCAGGCUCCACCGUCCCCCAGCCAGCUGAAAAUCCUAAACAAACGCAAGAUCCGGGAUGGGGACAUUGAAGCCGGCGACCUGACGCGGGGCCAGGCGGCGGACAUGCUCACCAAGCUCCAUUUCGGGACCAAAGGCCGGUUUCAGAGCGAGCAGAAGAAGAAGAAGAAAGAAGAGAAGAUCCGCAAGGAGUUUGAGAAGCAGAUGAGCCAGGGCGAUGUGCGGGUUGGGCCAGUGAUUGCGCCAGAGUAG